UGUGCUCAUAGUUCCCUGUCUGUGGUCAAGUAGGCACAGAGCUGGGUUUGGUGUUCCCCUCGCUCAUUCACUUGCACACACAAGUGCACUGCUUCUUGCUUCUCGCUCUCAGAAUGAUGGUUCCAGGUAGAGCGUUUGCAAUGGUUUUCUGUUUACUUCAAGCUGUUUCUGGAGAAAGUGGCAAUGCACAGGACGGAGACCUAGAAGAUGCAGAAACUGACAAUUACUCCUUCUGGUGCUACAGCCAGCUGGAAGUGGAGGGAAGCCAUCAUUUACUGACAUGUGGUUUUGAUGACCCAGACACCAACAGCACCAAUCUGGAAUUUCAAAUAUGUGGAGCUCUUAUAGCCAAAAAAUGUCUGCCUUUUGAAAAGCUGCAAGAGAUAUAUUUUAUAAAGACUCUGAAUUUUUUACUGAUUGGUAACAGCAUUAUAUGUGUGAAGCUUGGAAAAAGGAAUUUAACUUGCCAAACUGUAAAUGUAGCCACAAUAGUUAAACCUGAGGCUCCUUUUGACCUAGAAACCGUUUAUCGAGAAGAAGCAAAUGACUUUUUGGUGACAUUUAAAACAUCUCACUCGAAAAAGAAGUAUGCCUAUCAAUUAAUGCAUGACGUGGCCUACCGCCCAGAAAAGGGAGAAAGUAACUGGACGCAUGUGCAUCUAUUCAACACAAGAACAACCCUCCUACAGAGAAAGCUCCAACCAAAAGCCCUGUAUGAAAUCAAAGUCCGAUCCAUCCCCAAUGAUUCAUACUUCAAAGGCUUCUGGAGCGACUGGAGUCAAACUUCAAACUUUGAAACUCGGGAGUCCAGGAAUGCAGGGGGAUGGGAUCCUGUUUUGGGAAGUAUCAGCAUUCUGAGUUUUUUCUCCACGGUUUUGUUGGUCAUCUUAGCCUAUGUGCUAUGGGAAAAAAGGAUUAAACCUAUUGUAUGGCCCAGUCUCCCUGAUCAUAAGAAAACUCUGGAGCAACUAUGUAAGAAACCAAAAAAGAAUUUGAAUGUGAGUUUCAAUCCUGAAAGUCUGUUAGACUGCCAGAUUCAUGAAGUGAAUGGCAUUCAAGCCAGAGAUGAAGUGGAAAGCUUUCUGCAGAAUGCUCUUCCUCCACAGCCUGAGCCUCCACAGCCUGAGGAGCUAGACAAGCAGGGACACGGAAUGGCUGGACAUAGCUCAAACUGGCCAUCUGAGACUUCAGUCAGCACACCAGAAACUUGCAGAAGAGAGGCACCUCUACGAUGCCUUGCUAGAAAUCUGAGUACAUGCAAUACCCCUACAUCUCUUUCCUCUAGGUCCCCUGACUACAGUGAUGGUGACAAGAAUGGGCGUCAUGUGUAUCAAGACUUGCUACCAAGCUCUGGAAACACAAAUGGCACCCUCCCUCAACCGUGUCCUCUCCCAUCUGGAAUCCUGAUGCCAGUUUCUCUGAGACAACCCAUCACCACUCCCUCGGUACUGAAUCAGGAGGAAGCAUAUGUCACUAUGUCCAGUUUUUACCAAAACAAAUGACUUAUGAGACACCUAAGACCCCCUUCCCUCACAAACAGAAUGAUCACUGGGAUGGAAGACUUAGUAUGUCUCCCCUCCCUCAGAGCUCAUGGAAGAUAAA